AUGAAGCUUGUAGUGAUUAGAUGUUUCUUUGUAUUUGCUGUCGUUGCGACUCUUUUACAUCUGGAAGCUGUACAAGCUGCAGCUAAAAUACCCGAACCCGCCGCCGCUUUAUCAAAAGUAACGUUUUUGAAGAAACGAUUACAAGGCAUGUAUAUGACGGGCUUGCUAGAAUAA